AUGCGCCUCUCCGCGUCUCUACCGUCCCUCCCCCGCGUACCAGAAACUUCAGUGCCUCUGGAUCCCGGCUUCGCGGAACCUUCCCCGCCCACUGCCUCGCCUGCUUCGUCCCCCACUGCUGCUCUCCCCCGUUUGCCCCCGCUUUACUGCUCCGCCGCUUCCGCCUCUCCGCAAAGGCCCUGCGUCCGCGCGGCUUCCCCCUCGUCUCCAGCUCCUCCGCUGGCGUCCCCGUCCGCCCAGCCUGCGCGCCCCGCUUCAUUCCCCCCCGCAUGCCCGCCCGCGCCUGCAUCCGCACCAUCAACUCCCUCCGCGCAAUUCGCGUCCGCCCCGCCUCUCCGCCACGCGUCCCUGUCCGCGCCUGCGUUUCUGUCUCCCGCGCCCGCCCUUCUUCCGCCCUCCCCCGCGCCAGUAGCCGCGGACGGCUCUUCCGCCCUCCGCUCUGCCGCUUCCGCGGGCUCCCUUCCCCAGCCCCUCACACUGCCGCCCAGCAGUGUGCCGCCCAGCAGCCAUUCAGGGGACACUUUGCCGCCCAUGCCACCCAGCAGCAUUGCAGACAGUACCAUUCUACCCACUAGGCCACAGAACAAGAAGGGUUUGAAGCGUGGAUCGGAGGAGGAGGGGGGUGAGGCAGGUUGGGACUCGGUCCCUUGUCAGAAGCGAGUGAGAAGGGAGAGUGGUUUGGCCGUUGCUGACGGUGCUGCUGCUGCUGCUGCUGUUGGUGCUGUUGGUUCUGCUGGCGCGGUCGAUUCUGCCACUUCUGCUGCUGUUGCUGGUGCUGCUGCUGCUGGUGCUGCUGCUGACGCCUCUGCCGCUGUUGACGCGGUUGAGUCUGCUGGUGCUGCUUGUGCUUCUGAGUCGCCCGUUCUCUCAGCCCCUCCCACCUUUCCCCGCCCCGCCCCACCUCCCGACACCACCGCUCUGCUAGACUCUCUCAUUCUACCUGACCCCCCUGAGCCUGUUUCCAUCCCUGAGCCUCCUAUCACACAGGACCUCCCCCUCUUGCCCCCCCCUCUGCCCGAUGCCACGCUUCUUGACGCCCCUACGCUGCUCGACCCUCCCACCCUCCUGGAUCCGCCUUCCCUGCGAGACCCCUCGGUGCUGCCUGUGCCGUCACCUCUCCCUGACGUUUCGGCCGUCGACCUGCCUCCCUUGGACCUGCCACUGCCGCUGCCGCCCGCUCUGCCACCUGCACUGCCGCCCGCGUUGCCGCCCGUGCUGCCGCCCGCGCUGCCGCCCGCGCUGCCGCCAGCUGGGAAAGCGAUGGAACAAGUGCUCGACGUUCCAGCAAUUGACAGUGCUGCGCCAGAUUCGGUUGUAGCAGACGCGGAUGCAGCAGAUGCGGUUGUAGCAGAUGGAGUUGUAGCAGGUGCAGCUGUAGCGGAGGUGGUUGUAGCAGAUUUGGUUGUAGCAGAUUCAGUUGUAGCAGGCGCGGUUGUAGCGGAUGGGGCUGUAGUGAAUGAGGUUGUAGCAGAUGGGGUUGUAGCAGGUGCAGUUGUAGGAGGUACGGAUGCUGCUGCAGCAGCAGCAGCAGCAGAUGCAGGGGCAGCCACAGCAGCAGCAGCAGCCAAUGCUGAUGCGCCUAUGCCUGCUCUCCCCUCUCCCUCUGUCGCUGCUACUGCUGACCGCCCCACUGAAAUUGCUGCUGUGCUUUUUGAAGAACCUCAAGGACUGGCUGCCGCUGCUGUCCCCACUGCCGCUAUCACCGCCACUCAGGUUUCAGCAACAACACCUGGUGCAAAUGCUGUUGCUCCUGAGUCGACUCAGAAGCGCAGUACGCUGAAAAUGCAUCUGCGCACACACGAUCUGCCCGACGCGGUGUUCCAGGCGGCGUGUGAGGAUGCUCUGGGGCCGCGGCACGGGGGCAGCAAGGCCGGGCAGAAUAAAAAGAUUCCGUCGCGCUGCCCGGAGUGUGGGAAGACGUUUGUGGGGUUGUAUGAGCUGAGGCGGCACUUUGGGCGGAAGCACCUGCAGGGGGAGAAGCCGUUUGCGUGUGGCAAGUGCAGCAAACGGUUCUUUGUUGAGGUAAGGCCCUCUCUCCCUUCUGACCCGUCUCACCCUUCUCACCUUUCGGCUGUUGUGCUGCUGUGGCAUGCUCCGAUGCUCCCUUCUGCUUCAUGCGGAUCUGAGGGACCGCGGGAAGAUGUGUGGGCAGAUGCUGGUGUGCCGCUAAUGCUGCUCCAUGCCUUGUCCUCUUUCCCUCUCUCCCUCCUGUCGUGUGCUCUCUGUUGCCCCCGUUCCCCAACAACCCCCCCCAACCCCCCAGGCGGAUUUGAGGGACCACGGGAAGAUGUGUGGGCAGAUGCUGGGGCAGAGGCAGGGGCAAUGGCAGGAGGAGCAGUGGGAGUACAGCUAGGGGUGAUGGCAGGCGUUUCAAAGCCUGCUAGUCGUGGCAGUGCUAAGAGGGGCAGGGCUGCUGUUUGUGUAGGGAGGAUGGGGAGGGCGGGGAGAGGGAGCAGUGCUUGUGCUGCUGCUGCCGCUGCUGCUUCUGUUGCUGCUGCUGCCGCUGCUGCUUCUGUUGCUGCUGCUGCCGCUGCUGCUUCUGUUGCUGCUGCUGCCGCUGCCAGCGGGACAAGAGUGUACGCGCUUGCCGCACAGGACCCUAAUGUGCGUGCAGAGGUGGGUAAUGGCGUUUGUCCGGUUUACCCAUACCAUCCUCCUCCUCAAGCUUCGAUCUCCACCGCUCCUGCUACAGCCGGAGCUAGUGUUGCUGCUACAGCCGGCACUGUGUUUCCUGCUGUUCCUGCUGACCUGGCCGCCAGCUCAUCUGCUCCAUCGAUGCACGUGGCUACAGCCGUAUCUGCUGGUACUACAGCUUCUGGCACUACAGAUGCCGGUGCUACAGCCUUCCUCCCCCCCAUGGGAUUUGUGCCGUUCAAUGCUCCUUAG